AGCUGUUGUGGUCAGAGCGAUUUGUUGGACCAUCAACAGAAGAACCACGACCCAAGCCGAGAGAAUGAAGCUGAACGUCUUCUCCAUAUUUUUCGCCAUCGCCUUGUUGUCUGACGGCGACGUCAAGUCGGAGGCACUUCCGCUGGACAACAUCGAAAACAUAGACCUCGUCCAAGACUCUACUGGAGAAGAACUGGCUGAAAACGCCAUGGCAUCCGGACCAGGCGUUUCUAAGGUCAUCCUAGUGGCGGACGCCGGCCUGCUGAGAAUGCUGAAGGCUCUGGAAAGGAACAUGCCCGAGAGGAGUCCUGAUCGCAGAGACGGAAGCCCUGACCUCGGCUCCAGCAUCUCCAUCAUCAGGAGGGACACCAAGAGGUGCAUGGUGGGAAGGGUCUACCGUCCGUGCUGGGAAGUCUAGAUCCUGUGGACGAGUCCGGGUGAAGAAAUCCAGAUCGCACCAGCUGAUCCUUUUCCCUACAUGCUAUUUAUCUGUAUAGAAUGAUCCGCAAUUAAAAUGAGAGAAAUAUA